AGUGGUGGUAGUCCGUGUCUCUGUCACAUCUCACAUGAUCUCAGUAAAAUGUUUGGAAGAAAAAAGAACGCAUUUGCGACAUACUCGAGAAGUAAGCCAGUUCAAAUUGCUACGAAGGACCACUUCCCCACUCCAGAAACGCCGGAUGACUUGUGGAUACCUUCUUCAAAAGACAAGCCGAACUCAAAACAAGCAGCUUUUCCCCCAGUGAAAGCUAAAGGCAAGUAAAUAUAUUUUGAAUUCAAAGAAGGGAUUUUCCUUUGAACCUUAAAUUUGCGAGAAAAUGUAUGGCUGUUUUUUUUUAUGUCUUUUAAUUAGUUCAUGGCAAAGGCACUGAUGAACCGUGUGGAAAUUAAUAACAUUAAUGGCCCAGAGUCAUUAGACUUGACCUAGAUUCCAAAAAUAAUCAAGUAUAAAACUGGGCAGUACCGCUGUAGGACAAAAAAUUGUGCAGAAAAACACAAGUUUUUUGGCACCAAUCAGAAGCCAGAACGGCGGCGACCGUUUGGAACUGGUCUGGUAAGACAUUGUCCCCAGGGGCUCUUCCCGCCUCUCUUUACUUUUCUUUUGUGCCAUAUUUUCCCACCCGUUUAGACUUUCCCUCGCCCCCACUAUCUCCCCCUGGGUCUCCGAGGAUGGUAAUUGGUGUGUACUCCAGUCAGAAAAAUAAGAGCAAACAUGGCAUGGUUAAUAUUUAUUGUUGUACCAAUUUCACAGCUUCAAAUAACUAUAUCCACAAAGUGAUAGCUGUUACUUGUAUUGUCAGAAUUAAUGCAGCAGUCAUUAGUUCCAGCAGUUCUAGUAAUCCCAUUAGCCCGAGUGAUUUGCUUGUUCAAAAUGGGCGAUUCCAGAAAAUAUCCAUACCAUACCACGGACGGCUUCCAUAUUUUCAUCCCCCAUUACCUUCAGAACUCCCAAGAUGUGUUAUCCCCCAUGCCCUUGGAAUGCUAUAAUUGUUAAACCCCCUACUGUUUGGAUUUUCCAUAUUUUUGUCAAAUUUUCAGACCUACUGGCAGGAUUCGAAGAUAUACAUUGCCCAAUUUGGCUUAUUUUACGUCAAAAUAUUUCAAAUGACUCUACUUAGAACAGCGAUGUAUAAGCGCUAUAUAAAUUCCAUUGUUAUUAUUACCUCUGUACUUCAGUCUAGGUGGCCAGCACAAAGGAAGUCAUACAUGUAUAUGAAUCCAGAAAUUUGGGAAUGAAAAUUCAAAAAUAAUUAAAGUUUUUUCCUUACCGCUGUGCAACAAAUGCAACCUACAUUAAUUUUACUUUGCCCCAGACUGCUACAUACACAACCAAUAAGAAUACCUUGUGAUGAAUGUGUGUACCCUCAGAAGAUAUUAUUAUGAUCAAGUGUAUUUUCAUUUGUGCCAUCUUGAUUUGAGUCUUUGGGGUCAGCAGUCACACCCAAUCCCAUGAGGUUCGAAAAGUAAAAUGGUGUUGUCCGUCAAAAGACCACGUUUUGCACUGAAUGGACAAAAUAAUUUAUGAGACUGUUUUCGUGAGAGAAAAAUGGAUGUCUUGUGGCAUUAAGGCCUCUGGAGCUUGAUCUACAACCCAUGUUUUGUUGGUUUUCCUCGACAGCAAUGGAUGCUUGUCAUUUAUCCUGCUUCCGCGGUCAUCAGCUGUGUCAUCAGUUUGUGCUUUAUUUGUGAACUGAUUAAGUCCUUAAAAUAAGCAUUUUCAAGGAAUAAAAUCUUGUCUCAGUGUCCCCUGUGAAAGUUCCAGAUCUAAAACCCCUCCAUACCUUCUGAUUCCCUGCUACAGAGGUCUCUGCUAGCAGGGAAACCUUCUGAAUUCCAGUGGUACAUAUGUAAGUAUCCCCCAUGCCUUCAGAUUUUCAGUUCAAAGACCCCCCCACUUGCCCUCAGAAUUCCAAAAAGCCGUUCAUGGUAUAGUCUGGAUAUUUUUUGGAAUCGCCCAAUGGUAGGGUUUCCUACUUAGGAGUUUACUUGUUUGAAGAUUGCUAAGCAGUAAAUCAUUAUCCUUGUGUUUUCAAUCCUGUAGGGUUAGGGUUAGUUGGAAGAGAAGUGUGGCUUCUACUUUUUUAAAAAAAAUAUGUCAACCAUUUUUAAUCAGAAUGAUGUUUUACUUUUAACAUAAUAACAAACAGGAUUGAAAACAUGGAUGACUCCAUUUGCAGGGCGUGGUUCCAGCCUAGCUCUUAGGAACAUCAGUAACAUCCCACUGGAAAAGACAUUGAGCAGAACUCCAUGCAUGCCAAGCCAAAACUCAUACAAGACAAGUAAGAAGCGAUGUUGUCAUUGCAAGUUAAGGCAUCUUUUUUACCUUUUUUAUAAAUAGAUGCUGAGUAAGUACAGGCUAUCCACUCUACUCCAUUUCUUCAGCUGGGGCAAACCCUUUCUAAGGUCUUGAAGUUAGGUUGAUAUUAAGAGACAUGACAAUACUCUAGUUGUUUAUUCUAAUAAUAACCAAAUCCUUCCAGCUCUGAUCCACAUAUACUGGUAAUUUGGUUUUGUCUCACUUCAGGGACACAGUGACUUGUAUCUCAAAUUUGAAAGAAGUUGAAGUGAUCCCCCGUUUGCAGAAGUUUCAUUGUGCCAAAUAGAUUUGCUGCUGUUUCAUAUUUCAGAUAGAAAGUUGAUGUCAAGUAGUGCUUUGCUAGGAAAAGUUAGCUCCAAUGAUGAUAAAGACUGCAAAACAUACAGAAAAGAAUUACAGAGGUAUCUAGCUUUUUGGCAAUGGUACUACGGUGUGCUUUUACACUGAGGUGCAAACUUUACAACAUAAUUCUAUAGUCUUUUUGCACCCAAGCGCACAAAUGGGUUGCUAGGUAACCCUUCAGCACACAGGCAUCCCAUUCAUUUGUGCAAGAAGUUAUUAUUAUCCAGCUACCGAAGUGUGCUCCAGUUGUCUGGGUGCCUUGUGCUUUAUUUUUUAGCCUUACCUUUUGCAACUGAAUACUACUUGUUGUUUUUUUUGGUUAAUAACUGUACAAGUGAAAAUUAGAUUUAACAUACCAACCUGAUGUGAACUGUAAGUAAUAAGGUCUACAGCUCACAUGUAUGAAACUCGGUGAUGACAGUCUGGUAGCAAUGGAGUGGUAAUAAAGUGAUUAUGAUUUUUGCUUUUUGUUUGUUACAUCUUCUCUAGGGCUAAACUUCAUUCCAAGAAGGCACCACUUAUGAAAUCAAAACCCCUCACCUCAACAACUACGUAUUCAUUCAAAUCAAUGUCUUCCUGUUCCAUGUGUGGAAGUGUAGUGUACAGUAAUGAACGUUCUUUGCCCACUGUCAAAUCCAUGUCGCUAUGCAAGUCCUGCCUUGAUGAUGUCAGUUCAGAUGACUUCUCUUUUGGUGAUGCCCCAACUAGUGCCUCACAAGUUUUACAGCCACACAAUUCAACACUUUUGGAGGAGGACUUAACAAUUCAGCUGAGAGACAUAAUCCCUCAGGAUUUAUCAGCAAUAAUGGGUGAGUAGAAUUUGCGUUAUGAUGUUUCAUUUGUGCAGCAAAUUAAAGCUCAAGGAGCAAAGGAAAAUUUUAUACUCUAGUACGGUAAUAACAAGCCUUUGUAUACAUAGUAGUAAUGAGUAAUAUUCAUGUGCAACUUUGGGGUAAAAAAUAAUUCUAUUUUGACAUGACUGUAUUCUUAGAGGAGCCAGUAGAUGAAAAAGAACAGGCUGAAGCAGCCCAAAAGAAAACAGAGGAUGCACUGGGCUCAUAUGAUCUGUUUGACAAAGAGGUGAACUUAAAGUAUAUUUUUGCAAAGAACCCUUUUGAUCCACAACACCCCUUAAAAGGAAGCAUAGCUGCAUUUGCUCAAAAGGUGGAUAGCUCUAUCUGUGGGAUAAACCUCUAUCCACUGGAUAGUGCAAUUUGUUUCCCUAAUACUUAUCCACUGGAUGGUGAUUUAUCUGGUGGAUAACACUAUCCAUCUUUAUAACAACAGGGGCCUGGUGUGUCUUUUUAUCCCUGAUCGGGGCUUUUAUGCUGUAUAAAUACAUAGCUAAAUAAAGUGAGUGUUCUAGUAUACUUUUCUUUGUCACAAAAAGUUGUACCAGAAUAAACAAGCACAAAACAAGGUUAACUUUUGUUAUUACAUUUACGUCUCUAGCAUUUCUGUCAGUAUCCACUAUUGCUUCCCACUUUGCUAGCUAAAAUUAAUAAAUGUUCCGUUUUAAAAUGAUCCCAGGGUUGAUUUAAUAAAACUUUUACAAGUGUAAUUUACGAGUGUAGUCAUUGUUUUAGGAUCCGAGAACAAUAGCCAUUCUUGUAAUUACAUUUGUAAAAGUUUUAUUAAAUUGACUCCUGAAUCUUGAAAAAACAACAGUGCAAUCUUUUCUCAAUGAUACUAUGACUCUCAAAUGAUUAGUGGCCACUAUUAGUAAUUACUGACACUAAAGUCAAGAAAUAAGAUUGUUUUUGAGAACCUGACUCACCCUAUAUUAAUUACUUUCAUUUACAGUUUAUUUUAAUAAUUAUUAUUAAAUAUUACUUUCCAGGAAAUUGCAGAUGCCCCUGAUCUUCCUAGGUGUAGCACUCCAGUGGAUCCAGGAAAAAUACAAGGACUCAAGCUGGUGAGUUAGUUUGCUGUAGUGAUAAAUGGCACAUUUACCUCUUCCCUUUAAAUGAUUUAACUGAAUGUCACGAAGGAAAAAGAUCAUAAGAAAUGAGGUUUUCUGUCAGUUACACAGGCAACCUGAAGAAAAUAAAACUAUGUAUUCUCCAAGGAGGAGUUGAAUCUAUAACCUUCUGUGUGGUUGCUAGUCUAAGUCAGGUGCUCUAUUACCUCGAUCAGUUAAGGAGACUUGAGGGAACUAUCUCGUAAGGCCUAUUACUACAGUAGGUUUAUAUGACAAACACCUUGCAUACUGCUGAGACUGGACUGUUAAUAGGUGGUACAUGUAUAUAAGCCUGCCUGUCUACCCUGAAGAGAGAUAGAAGGGUCCCUGCUCACAGGGUCUUGUUCAGUUGAACCUCUUGUUAAACAUUAAACAACUUAAUAUUAUUAAUUCAUUCAAUUAACAGCCUGACACCUCUGCAAUAACAGUCUAUAAUGAGAAGACUUCUGAUCCUGUGAAGUCAAAAUCUAAAAGCAAAAGUGAGGUAAUUUUUCAAAGACCAACACGCUUUAAACCUGAAGCGGAGGAGUUUUUAUAAUGACUUACAAAAAUGUUUAGACCACAAAAGUGGCCUUAAAUAUCAUUACCUCUUUUUGGCAGCCACUAGCUUCUGAUGUUGCAAUGUCAUGUGGGGUAGGCAAUCUGCAGUGCAAAACUAGGAAAUAACCCUAAGCAACAUUUUUAUUUUGAAAAACCUAUCAAGUAAGGACAUCUGAAAUUCUAAGACUUUUAACACCCAUGGAGAAAGAUGAAAAAGUUAUUCAGAGCAGAAACAAGAAGAACUGAGAAUUGAAAUACUACGAUGGGAUUACCUCUAUUUAAUGCCACUGGCAAUCACCUCUAAAAGAGUAUCUUAUGACAACUAUGGGAAGUAAGACAUUUUUUAUUUCUGCUCAUUUCUCAGGAACCAGAAUCCAGUAAAGAAGAUUUGCCCAAUGUUACUCCAGAGACAGUCUCCAAACAGGUAGGAUAUGUUCUUGUUUUCCACUUUACUGUUAUAAGUCAUACAGUUUCCAUACAGUUAUAAGUCUAAAGUGAAUUUUGACUCUUGUUGUCAAGUGUUUUGUUUGUUUGUAAUACGCUGUUAAAAAUAUUAAAUAUCCUAUUAUUAUUAUUAUUAAGAGCAGUAUUUAAUUUAUUGGUUUAUUCCCAUAGGACAUUAAUUUUAGUCCUUCAUGUUGUUUAAGCAGAUUUAUCUACUUCUUCAAAGUAAGGCUUUUUUCUGUUGUACCAUUAUUUUGGUUUUUUCUUUUUUGUUACAAAGGACUGUAUCACCAUGAAGAAGCUUAAACAAAAGAGAAAGUUGGCAUACAGCAAGGACUUGGAUGAAAUACCAGACUGUACCCUGCUCCAUGCAAACACCAACAGAAAGCGACCAAUUAAGUUGCUUUUUAAGUGUGAUAAAAGUACUUGUUCUUAUAGCAGUCCUUUGACAAAUGUACCAAUUGAUACUCUCAUCCAGAGUCCAGUUGAUAAAAUAAAAAUAAGAAUAGAACAAUAA